UCUCGAAUCAGCGCUACCAACCUUAUAAAAUUGUCCACCAUUUUGGGCAGCUGAUGUUUAUUUGAGAAUUCUAAAUAUCGUGAAAUAUUCCCGAUAUUUACUCAAAAUGGGUGCAUCAUUUGUUCCAAUUACCGUAUUCACGGUUCUGUGGGGCGUAGUUGGUAUUGUUUGCCCUUUCUUUGCUCCAAAAGGCCCGAACAGGGGGAUCAUCCAAGUAGUAUUGAUGUUGACUGCAGCUACGUGUUGGCUUUUCUGGCUGUGUUGCUAUAUGGCGCAGAUGAACCCGCUCAUCGGACCCAAACUGGACACGGAGACGCUCAUCUGGAUGUCCCGCACUUGGGGCAAUCCCGCUACAGCAUAAGCCUGCGUGUGCGCAUUUAAUUUUAAGUGUUACCAACCCACUAUAAUUAAUAUAUGUACGAUGUUAAAAAAAAAAAGAAUGAAAUAAUCAAAUUCGAAAUAUAUGUCGCUGAAAUUAAUGAAUUAAAAAAUAUAAGGUCGGAAGAUAUUCGGUAUUCAAAAUUUUUAUUUGCAUUGAUUAUAGAUUUACAAUCUUUCGUGCCGGAUACUGUAGAAACGUUUUAUUCCUAAUUAUGUUUUUUUAAAACACGGCACUUUGUAUAGCAAACUAAUUUGUACUUUAGUGGAUUUUUAAAAAAAAUAAAGAAAAUUGUAAUUAAUAUUUCGCAAUAUUUUGUAACAAAUUAUAAGAAAUCAAAUAUAAUUGAGUCAUCGUUACUACUAAGAAAAGUUGAUACUUGCGUGUCAUUCCAAUUCGAGUGUAUUUUAAUGCAGAUAAAAAACUUUAACUAAUGUAGAACUUGUAUUAUAUUAUUUAAAUAAAGUUAUGUGAGUUAAGUUUUA